UUCAAUAAUUUCAUGGCAACAGCCCAUGUUCUCCUCUUUCUUCCACGCUUUCCUUUCAAUUCUGGGGCCCACUAGAGCCAAACCUUGUUGACCCAGCCACCCCCAUAGCAAUCUACACCUUUUGCUCAAGUCUACGCAGAGAAAAAUUUCAAUCUCGCUUGUUUCUUCUGUCUCUACUGCUUGCCCUUCGAUUUCUGGAAAGAAUUAGCCGAUGGAGGUUGUUGGAGAGUCUGUUCUUUCUGCUGCCGUUGAAGUUCUGUUCGGGAAUUUGGCUUCCCCUGAGUUGCUCAAGUUCGCUCGCCAAGGGGAGGUCAUUGCUGAACUUGAAAACUGGAAGAAGGAACUGAUGAUGAUUAAUGAAGUACUGGACGAAGCUGAGGAGAAGCAGACAACAAAGCCGUCCGUGAAAAAUUGGCUAGAUGAUCUCCGAGACUUGGCUUACGACAUGGAAGAUGUACUGGACGAGCUCGCGACCGAGCUGUUGCGACGCAGGUUGAAGGCAGAAGGAGCUGAUCAGGUGGCCACCACUAGUAAGGUACGGAGCCUCAUCCCGAUUUGCUUUACUGGUUUCAAUCCGGUUGGUGAAGUUAGGUUUAAUAUUGAGAUGGGGACCAAGAUCAAGGAAAUCACUAGGCGGUUAGAUGAUAUUUCUAGCCGGAAAGCUAAGCUGGGUUUUUAUAUGGUCCCGGGUGUUGAAAAAAGUUGGGAAAGGUUUGCAUCUGGAGCAGCUUCUACUUGGCAACGACCCCCCACUACAUCUUUGAUUAAUGAACCUGUUCACGGCAGGGAUGAUGAAAAAGAAGUCAUUAUUGAGAUGCUGUUGAAGGAUGAAGGCGGUGAAAGCAACUUUGGGGUAAUUCCCAUUGUAGGCAUAGGUGGGAUGGGGAAAACUACACUGGCCCAGUUGAUAUACAGGGACGAUGAAAUAGUGAAGCAUUUUGAGCCAACGGUGUGGGUGUGUGUAUCAGACGAGAGUGAUGUAGAGAAGCUAACGAAGAUAAUUCUCAAUGCCGUCUCUCCAGAUGAAAUGCGCGAUGGGGAUGACUUUAAUCAAGUGCAACUCAAGUUAAGCAAGAUUCUGGUUGGAAAAAGGUUUUUGCUAGUUUUGGACGAUGUGUGGAACAUUAACAAUUGUGAGCAAUGGAGUCACUUACAGACCCCCUUUAAGUCGGGGGCUAGAGGAAGUAAAAUUGUAGUAACGACACGUCAUACAAAUGUUGCAUCAUUGAUGAGAGCAGACAACUACCACUACUUGCUCAAGCCUUUGUCUAAUGAUGAUUGUUGGAAAGUGUUUGUGAAAGAAAACAAAAAUAUCAAUGAUCCAAAUUUGAGAUUGCUUGAUACAAGGAUCAUAGAGAAAUGCAGUGGCUUGCCCUUAGCAGCAAAGGUGCUCGGUGGGCUUCUACGCUCCAAACCACAGAAUCAAUGGGAACAUGUACUGAGUAGCAAAAUGUGGAAUAGGAGUGGUGUUAUCCCAGUGCUAAGAUUAAGCUAUCAACAUCUCCCUUCACAUCUAAAAAGAUGUUUUGCUUACUGUGCAUUGUUUCCAAGGGACUAUAAAUUUGAGCAAAAAGAGCUAAUUUUAUUAUGGAUGGCGGAGGGUUUAAUUCAUGAAGCAGAAGAAGAAAAAUGCCAAAUGGAAGAUUUAGGUGCUGAUUAUUUUGAUGAAUUAUUAUCUAGAUGUUUUUUCCAACCAUCAAGCAAUAGUAAAUCCCAAUUUAUAAUGCACGAUUUGAUCAAUGAUCUAGCUCAAGAUGUUGCUACAGAAAUAUGCUUCAAUUUAGAGAAUAUACGUAAAGCUUUUGAAAUGACUCGUCAUUUGUCAUUCAUACGUAGCGAGUAUGAUGUAUUCAAAAAAUUUGAAGUCCUUAAUAAACCGGAGCAAUUACGAACAUUUGUUGCAUUACCCAUCACCGUAGAUAAUAAGAUGAAAUGUUACUUAAGCACUAAGGUGCUUCAUGGCUUGUUGCCAAAGUUGAUACAAUUAAGGGUGCUCUCUUUGAGUGGUUAUGAAAUAAAUGAGUUGCCAAAUUCGAUUGGUGAUUUGAAACAUUUACGGUAUCUUAAUUUGUCUCAUACUAAACUCAAAUGGUUACCUGAAGCAGUGAGUAGUCUCUACAAUUUACAAUCAUUGAUAUUAUGCAAUUGCAUGGAACUCAUUAAGUUGCCUAUUUGCAUUAUGAAUUUAACCAAUCUUCGACAUCUUGAUAUUAGUGGUUCAAUUAUGUUGGAAGAGAUGCCUCCACAAGUUGGAAGCUUGGUAAAUUUGCAAACAUUGUCUAAGUUUUUUCUAAGCAAAGAUAAUGGGUCACGAAUAAAAGAAUUGAAGAACUUGUUGAAUCUCCGAGGAGAGCUUGCCAUUUUAGGGUUGGAAAAUGUUUCGGAUCCAAGAGAUGCAAUGUAUGUCAAUUUCAAGGAGAUACCAAAUAUUGAAGACUUAAUUAUGGUAUGGAGUGAAGAUUCUGGUAAUUCAAGGAAUGAAAGUACUGAGAUAGAGGUCCUUAAGUGGUUGCAACCUCAUCAAAGUUUGAAAAAACUGGGAAUUGCAUUUUAUGGUGGCUCAAAAUUCCCGCAUUGGAUAGGAGAUCCAUCCUUCUCCAAAAUGGUUUGUUUGGAACUUAUAGAUUGUAAAAAUUGCACAUCAUUGCCAGCACUUGGGGGUUUACCUUUCCUCAAAGACUUGGUGAUUAAAGGAAUGAAUCAAGUUAAAAGCAUAGGUGAUGGGUUCUAUGGGGAUACCGCAAACCCUUUUCAGUCUUUGGAAUCUCUGAGAUUUGAGAAUAUGGCAGAAUGGAACAAUUGGUUAAUUCCCAAAUUGGGACAUGAGGAAACUGAAGCAUUGUUUCCUUGCCUCCAUGAGCUUAUAAUAAUAAAAUGUCCAAAACUGAUCAACUUACCUCAUGAGUUACCGUCCCUUGUGGUUUUUCAUGUUAAAGAAUGCCAAGAACUGGAAAUGUCAAUUCCACGACUUCCACUUCUUACUCAAUUAAUAGUAGUUGGGUCGUUAAAAAGUUGGGAUGGUGAUGUCCCCUCACUUACCCAAUUAUACAUUUGGGGAAUUUCGAGGCUGAGUUGUUUAUGGGAAAGGCUUGCACAACGCUUAAUGGUCCUUGAAGAUCUGGGAAUAAAUGAAUGUGAUGAGUUGGCAUGUUUGAGGAAGCCUGGAUUUGGACUGGAAAACCUUGGUGGUCUGCGACGUUUAUGGAUCAAUGGGUGUGAUGGGGUUGUAUCGUUGGAAGAGCAAGGGCUGCCUUGCAAUCUUCAAUACUUGGAAGUGAAGGGAUGCUCCAACUUAGAGAAGCUGCCAAAUGCAUUGCACACCCUCGCAUCUCUUGCAUAUACGAUAAUUCAUAAUUGCCCGAAACUCGUGUCAUUCCCAGAGACAGGUUUGCCGCCCAUGCUAAGAGAUCUUAGAGUGAGAAAUUGUGAGGGUCUAGAGACACUACCUGAUGGAAUGAUGAUUAACAGUUGUGCCCUUGAGCAGGUGGAAAUUAGAGAUUGUCCAUCUCUUAUUGGCUUUCCGAAAGGGGAGCUACCUGUCACCCUUAAGAACCUGCUAAUUGAAAAUUGUGAGAAACUAGAGUCUCUACCUGAGGGAAUUGACAACAACAACACUUGUCGUCUUGAAAAGCUACAUGUAUGCCGAUGUCCAUCUCUCAAGCCCAUUCCGAGAGGCUACUUUCCCUCCACACUUGAGAUUCUUUCCAUUUGGGACUGCGAGCAAUUGGAGUCGAUUCCAGGGAAUCUGCUGCAAAAUCUCACAUCUCUUCGACUUCUAAACAUAUGUAAUUGUCCAGAUGUGGUGUCCUCUCCAGAAGCGUUUUUGAACCCCAACCUUAAACAACUUUAUAUUUCAGAUUGUGAGAAUAUGAGGUGGCCUCUAUCUGGGUGGGGCCUCCGCACACUCACCUCACUUGAUGAGCUCGUGAUUCGUGGCCCAUUCCCAGAUCUGCUUUCUUUUUCCGGCUCUCACCUACUUCUUCCUACAUCUCUCACCCAUCUCGGGUUGAUAAAUCUCCCCAACUUGAAAUCCGUAACCUCCAUGGGUCUCCGAAGCCUUAUGUCUCUUAAAAGGCUUGAAUUCCACCGUUGCCCUAAGCUCCGGUCUUUUGUACCAAAGGAAGGGCUACCACCAACACUUGCAAGACUUGUAAUCUGGAAGUGUCCAUUUCUAAAAAAGAGGUGCCUCAAGGGCAAAGGAAAUGAUUGGCCCAAGAUUGCUCACAUCCCCUAUGUGGAAAUAGAUAAGAUUGUACAACAAUAACAGCUUCAAUCAGGGGCUGCCGUGGUCGACAAUAAGUUGUGGAGUUUUGUGCUCAAAACCUCGACUCUCAUGAAUGUGCCCUUAGCUUUUUCCUUAUUUUUCCAAAGGAAGGUCCCUACCCUCUUCCAAAACAGAGGUCCAAAAGAAAUUUUAAGGCCCUAUCAAAUGUGGCACCAACUUCACUUCCUACCAAGGGAUGGGCAGCUUGGCAAACUUGCAGAACCUAACCCACAACAAGAGGCCUUAUAUCUGGUGCUUCAUUUUGCUUAAAGCCAGUAUUCUAUUUCAAUUACCAUUAAUUAAUAGAAGGAAUUCUCCCUUACUAAACACCAAGGUUUUCUGGGAUUCUGCCAUCAGCUUGGAAAUAUGUAUUGCAAAACGGGGGAGAGACCCUUACUACUGGCAACUGGUAUGUCAAGCAGUUCAGGAUGCAGAGAAAGGGCAUAUAUCCAGGGUUAUUCUUCAGGUGUUGAAGAUGUGGAUGAGGUUCAUACACCAGAUUCUGACUAUAUUAAAUAAGCUAAAUCUUGGCAAGCAUAGGGGGCCACAAAUUAGCAUUUCACAAAUGCAUUGAUGAAGUUACAGAGAGCUGGUAUAAUAGGGGAGUUUCUAAGUAUUUUUGUAAAUGAGUUGGUGGUCUUAAUAGGGGUUCAAAGAUGUCUCUUAUUGGCUUUCUAGAAGGUGAGCUACCCACAUUGACCCACCACCAACACUUGCAAGAGUUGUAAUGGGGAGAUGUCAUAUUCUAAAAGAGAGGUGCCUCAAUGACAAAGGAAAAUAUUAGCCUAAGAUUGCUCACAUCCCCUAUAUGGAAAUAGAUGACAUUUUAAAACUACAACAAGUUCAACCAGGUACUCCCAAUAUAUGGAAAUAGUUGUGCCCUUGAGUACCUGAAAAUUAAAGAUUGUCCAUCUCUUAUUGGCUUUCCGAAAGGUGAGCUACCCGCCACCCUUAAGAAGCUGAUAAUUAUAAAUUGUGAGAAGCUAGAGUCUCUACCUGAGGGAAUUGACAACAACAACACUUGUCAUCUUGAAUAUCUACAUGUAUGGGGAUGUCCAUCUCUCAAGUCCAUUCCAAGAGGUUACUUUCCCUCGACACUUGAGACCCUUUCCAUUUGGGACUGCCAGCAAUUGGAGUCGAUUCCAGGGAAUAUGCAGCAAAAUCUCACAUCUCUUCAAGUUUUGCAAAUAUGUAAUUGUCGAGAUGUGUUGUCCUCUCCAGAAGCAUUUUUGAACCCUAACCUUGAAGAACUUUGUAUUUCAGAUUGUGAGAAUAUGAGGUGGCCUCUAUCUGGGUGGGGCCUCCACACACUCACCUCUCUUGAUAAGCUCAUGAUUCAAGGCCCAUUCCCAGAUCUGCUUUUUACUUCCCAGCUCUCACCUUCUUCUUCCUACAUCUAUCACAUGUCUCCGGUUGGUAAAUCUCUACAACUUGAAAUCCAUAGCCUCCAUAAGUCUCCAAAGCCUCAUCUCUCUUAAAAGCCUUGAACUCUACAAUUGCCCUAAGCUCUGGUCCUUUGUGCCCAAGGGCGGGCAACACUUGCAAUACUUGAAAUCUGGGAGUGUCCUAUUCUAGAAAAGAGGUGUCUCAAGGACAAACAAAAAGAUUGGCCCAAGAUUGGCCACAUCCCCUACGUGGAAAUAAAUGACAUUGUACAACAAUAACAGCUUCAAUAAGGGGUUCUCCUAGUUUUUCAGAAGUUAGGCCUUCCUACCACAAUUUAAUAUUGAUAUUUGGCAUUGCCCUCUUCCAAAAUGAAGAAUUUCCUGCCAUUCAUAUCUGCAAGGGUAAAUACUAAAUAUCCUACACAUGAAAGAAGAUGUACUAAAUGCCCCAUUCUUUUCUAGUUUCUGGAUUUACAUGUGAUUCAAGUUUUAAGGCCCUAUCAAAUUUGGGCAACAACUUCACUUCCCACCAAGGGAUGGGCAAAAGGCCUUAUGUUUGGUGGUUCUUUUUGUAUAAAGCUCAGUAUACUGAUUCAAUCACCAUUAAUUGUUAAAAGGAAUGCUCCUUUAUUUAACACCUUGGUUUUUUUGGGAUUCUGCCAUCUUUUUGCAAAUAUGUAUUGCAAAAACGGGAGAGUUACUGUUGACCUAGAGAGGACCUUUCUACUAGCAUCUGGUAUGUCAAGCAGUUCAGGAUACACAGAAAGGGCAUAUAUCCCAGGGUUAUUCUUCAGGUGUUGAAGACGUGGAUGAGGUUCAUACACCAGAUUCUGACUAUAUUAAAUAAGCUAAAUCUUGGCAAGCAUAGGGGGCCACAAAUUAGCAUUUCACAAAUGCAUUGAUGAAGUUACAGAGAGCUGGUAUAAUUGGGGAGUUUGUGGUCUUAAUAGGGGUUCAAAGAUGUCUCUUAUUGGCUUUCUAGAAGGUGAGCUACCCACAUUGACCCACCACCAACACUUGCAAGAGUUGUAAUGGGGAGAUGUCAUAUUCUAAAAGAGAGGUGCCUCAAUGACAAAGGAAAAUAUUAGCCUAAGAUUGCUCACAUCCCCUAUAUGGAAAUAGAUGACAUUAUAAAACUACAAGAAGUUCAACCAGGUACUCCCAAUAUAUGGAAAUAGUUGUGCCCUUGAGUACCUGAAAAUUAAAGAUUGUCCAUCUCUUAUUGGCUUUCCGAAAGGGGAGCUACCCGCCACCCUUAAGAAGCUGAUAAUUAUAAAUUGUGAGAGGCUAGAGUCUCUACCUGAGGGAAUUGACAACAACAACACUUGUCAUCUUGAAUAUCUACAUGUAUGGGGAUGUCCAUCUCUCAAGUCCAUUCCAAGAGGUUACUUUCCCUCAACACUUGAGACCCUUUCCAUUUGGGACUGCCAGCAAUUGGAGUCGAUUCCAGGGAAUAUGCAGCAAAAUCUCACAUCUCUUCAAGUUUUGCUAAUAUGUAAUUGUCGAGAUGUCUUGUCCUCUCCAGAAGCGUUUUUGAACCCUAACCUUGAAGAACUUUGUAUUUCAGAUUGUGAGAAUAUGAGGUGGCAUCUAUCUGGGUGGGGCCUCCACACACUCACCUCUCUUGAUAAGCUCAUGAUUCAAGGUCCAUUCCCAGAUCUGCUUUCUUUUCCCAGCUCUCACCUUCUUCUUCCUACAUCUAUCACAUGUCUCCGGUUGGUAAAUCUCUACAACUUGAAAUCCAUAGCCUCCAUAAGUCUCCAAAGCCUCAUCUCUCUUAAAAGCCUUGAACUCUACAAUUGCCCUAAGCUCUGGUCCUUUGUGCCCAAGGGCGGGCAACACUUGCAAUACUUGAAAUCUGGGAGUGUCCUAUUCUAGAAAAGAGGUGUCUCAAGGACAAACGGAAAGAUUGGCCCAAGAUUGGCCACAUCCCCUACGUGGAAAUAAAUGACAUUGUACAACAAUAACAGCUUCAAUAAGGGGUUCUCCAAAUUUUUCAGAAGUUAGGCCUUCCUACCACAAUUUAAUAUUGAUAUUUGGCAUUGCCCUCUUCCAAAACAAAGGCGCGUAUUAAUGCAUUGAAUUAAUUUCCUGCCAUUCAUAUCUGCAAGGGUAAAUACUAAAUAUCCUACACAUGAAAGAAGAUGUACUAAAUGCCCCAUUCUUUUCUAGUUUCUGGAUUUACAUGUGAUUCAAGUUUUAAGGCCCUAUCAAAUUUGGGCAACAACUUCACUUCCCACCAAGGGAUGGGCAAAAGGCCUUAUGUUUGGUGGUUCUUUUUGUUUAAAGCUCAGUAUACUGAUUCAAUCACCAUUAAUUGUUAAAAGGAAUGCUCCUUUAUUUAACACCUUGGUUUUUUGGGAUUCUGCCAUCUGUUUGCAAAUAUGUAUUGCAAAAACAGGAGAGUUACUGUUGACCUAGAGAGGACCUUUCUACUAGCAUCUGGUAUGUCAAGUAGUUCAGGAUGCACAGAAAGGGCAUAUAUCCCAGAUACUUGUUACAGAGGGGGUUGUGCUUAGCCAGUGUGUGACUCUGGAAACCCCACGUAAAAUGUAUGGCAACAACUGAGUCCUAUCAAUACUUGCAACAUUACAUAAUCAAGAGAGAUGUCCUAUUCUGAAAAGGAGGUUCAUGAAGAACAAAGGAAAAGAAUGGCCCUAAAUUGCUCAUAUCCUCCCAUAUCUGGAGAUAGAUUGCAUUGUACAGCAGUAAAAAGGUCAAUCAAGUACCCCAAUUGAUGAUAGUCGCUCUUUUCUCUUGUUGCUCACAUCCAUCCUUCUAUCUGAUUGGAAAUUUAGUUCUCUAAUUCAUCAGUUAUGUGCAACAAUUUAUAUUUGCAUUAAAAAAAUUUCUGAAUAUAUAUUCAAAAUGAAAUGCUCUUGAUUUUAUUUUUUUGCCUUUUACAUUGAAAACAUAUAACUCUUUUUCAUUAUUAUGCUAACAGAAAGGAAUAUUGAGUUUCAUCCUGCAGAUUCCAUGUCUGAAGUGAAUAUGGUGUUGGUUGUUCGUUCUCUAAUAUGGUGAUGGUGAAAAGAAGAUGAAAGGGCCUAGGAAAAGCAUGAUCUUGGGUUGGAUAUGGUGCAGAGGAAGAUUUUUACAAACAAACCUAUUUAAGGUAUUGGGACUAUCCUCUUCCAAACACAGAUGCAGGAUGGCAAUCAAAGGGACUGAUGUAGAUGAAAGCAAAAUUCAUGGCCAUUGAUGCAGCUUAUUAGCAUCUGCAAAGGGGCCUUACAUCUGGUGGUUCAUUUUGCUUAAAGCCAGAAUACUAUUUCCAUCACCAUUAAUAAAUACAAGGCAUGCUCCCUAAUUUAUUCUUCCCUUUGCUUGGAAAUAUGUACUACAAAAAAGCAAGAGUAGGACUAAAAAGUGGAGAUUCUUAUGGAAUGAAAGAAAUGCAAUCAACUCUCACACUAUGAUGAACUGCAAUUGAGCUGGUACAUCACAAACUGAAUUGAUAGGACAAUGAUAGUGACAAUAUUCUUAGCAAGUUCGGGUCAUCUAUUACAUAUAAGGUGGUCUUAACAAAGGAGCUCAAUGAGUUAGAACUACAGCCUCACUGUCCCAAAGUGAAACGGUCAAAGCUGAAGCUCCUACAACCAGGUCAUAUUCCUAAUUGACUCUGUUUUUGAGAAAUCAGGAUACUUUGGGUGGAUUUUCCUUCACAUGAAUAAUUGGAUUCAUCUUCUAAAGUACUCUUGGGAGUGAGGAAUCCUUCUCAAAAGCCUUGGAAUUGAGCACAAAUUUGAAAUUUCAAUCUACAAUGAGGAUAUGGGCCCGGUUUCAUCGGAAAGCUUCCUAUAGUUGACUAAUUCAUGAAUUUGAAAAUUUUGGAGGAUAGAAGAACAAGCACAUGUCUUCUGCAAGCAUUUGAAAACUUGUGCAUCAGUGCAUCAAUGGUUGUUGCUAGUGCUCAUGGAGAUUCAAAUAUGUGAAAUGGUAAUUGUGAGAUUGAAAUCCUAACCAUGAGACUAGCAGACGAGUCUUGGUGAACUUGAGAGUUUUGCCAUUCUCUUUCCUUGUGGAUCAUUCUCAAUACAAGUUGUUCUCCCAUUAUGUUUUAACAGUAUGUAAUACUCUAAAUGGUAAAUUAUGCCUCAGUUGAUCA